AUGCCACGAACGGGAGGCUGCUCUGAAGCCCAGGUGAGUGAAACUGAGGGUGGAAUCCAAAAGUGGGGCGAGGAGAAGGAGGAAAAGGAGGAAGAGGAGGAGGAGGAAGAGGAGACCGCAGUGGGGGCUGCAGGAGGCGAGGCUCUGAGCUCUCCCAGGACGCCUCUUGCGGGCGAGCCCGGGACAGACGGCUGUGCAGGGGCCACGCCCGAGCUGCACCUGCUGCAGAACAGGUGGGUCCUGUGGUUCUUAAAGAACAGCCGCAGCCGGGCCUGGCGGGACAACCUGCAGCUGGUCACCAAGGUCCACACUGUGGAGGACUUCUGGGCGUUGUACAGUCACAGCAAGCUGGCCAGCAAGCUCUCUCCCGGCUGCGACUACGCCCUGUUCAAGGACGGCAUCGAGCCCACGUGGGAAGACGGCAGGAACAGGCAGGGUGGCCGCUGGCUGGUCAGCCUGGCCAAGAAGCAGCGCCACAGUAAGCUGGACCAGCUGUGGCGGGACACGCUGCUGUGUCUGAUAGGGGAGAGCUUCGAGGAACACGGGGGCGAGGUGUGUGGGGCCGUGGUCAGCAUCCGCACCAACGGGGACAAGAUUGCCGUGUGGACCGGGGAGGCGGAAAACCAGGAGGCCGUCCUGCACAUCGGGCGUGUCUACAAAGAGUACUUGGGCCUCUCCGCAAAGACCGUCAUCGGGUACCAGGCCCAUGCAGACACGGCUGCCAAGAGCAACUCCCUAGCCAGGAACAAGCUGGUGGUGUGAGGGGGGGCCUUGGCACCCCUCCUGUUUCGUGGGACAGCUUCUUACUGCUGUGUUGGGGAGCAAGACUUGGGCGUAGACAGCCUGGCUCUUACGGGUCAAGGGAACAGGAAUAUGUAUGUUUCAACAGCAGCGGGGGCCCAGGCUUAGGGGUGCCGUGGUGGCAGCAGCCCGAGGGCCUGGCUUGUCCAGGAGCCACACACUGGGCAGGGUGGAGGGGGCUCCCGGGCUUGCUUGUUUCAUCUGGGUGUGGGUGGUCACGGGGGAAGGAGGGGACCAGCACUUACUCUGUGCCUGCUUGGGAAGGGGACUAGGUGGCUUGCAGGCCAGGCUCUUCCAUUGAAGGGGAGGGGGCUCAAGGCCACUGACACUCCAAGGGGUGGAGUUCGAAGACAAGGGGGGAGGGCUUCUCUGUGACUCCUCUGCCUAAACAGCUUUCAGGGUUGCCUCUCCUCAGACCUGUAGCUUUGGCGGCCACCCUGGAUCCUGUUCAGGCUUGCCCUGUGACAACCAAAAUGCUCACCCCUCCCGUGCGCGUGCGGCUGGGCCCUGGCCUGGGCCGGAGGGUUUGAGGGAGAGCCGCAUCCGCACAGAGGGCUGCGUGGGGAGCCCUGCGUGGCUUCUCGCCUUGUCCUCUGGGGCCAGGGGUGUCUGUGCCUUGCUUGGCUCAGGGCCAGGCUGACAACGGAAGGGGGUGGGUAGCCCUGGGACCUCCUCUCUGCUCUGUUAGCGCUUGCUGUUUCGUGCUCUCACCCAGUCGUGAGCAUUGGGUGCCACUAAAUACUUCUGAACUGUAAGGCUGGUGGCCGGCCCGGCCCUGCCCUGCCCUGCCCUGCCCUGCCCUGCCCAGCUUAAAAAGACUGCCUGGGGUAGUCGGUUGUUUCCUUCCUAAUAAAGACGGAUCCUUGUUCGGC